CCGGUUGCACGCGUCAUAUCCGCUCAGGGAGCGAAGUGUUGCUGCUUGUUUGCUGACUGCAAUCUGCAGAACACCGUAUAGCCUUAAGGGCUUCUGAAAGCAGCUUUGACCAUGGUUAAAUGUGUGGUCCAAGGCUGCCCUAACAGAAGUUACACAAAGGCUGAGACCACAAAUCGACCUCGCAAACGGUUUUUCAGUUUUCCUAAAGACCCAGCCAGAGUUAAAGUUUGGCUAGCAGCACUUAGAGAGACCGACAAAGUGCCUUCUGAUGAGCAUCGAAUAUGUGAAGACCAUUUUCUGAAAGAUCACAUAACGCAACGCGGAAUAAGUGAAGAUGCGAUCCCUAUUAUGCCCCCGUAUUUGGAUGGACCGCUGGCCAUGAGUGCUGGAACUGCUUCUGACGAGCAAGAAGACCUCUCGGAUGCUGUUGAUUUGCAGGAUGAGUGUUCAUACAAAGGUGGGGAGGGUCAUUUGUGGGAGGCAGAAGCUCCUGAACGACCUGACUCGGGAGAUGAAAUGGAAACUUUUACUGCACAGACAUCAACUUUGACAUACGGACCCCAGAACAGCAAAGUUGACUCCGAGUUCUCCAUGCCGAGGUAUCGCUGUGACGUGUCGUUGGGCCGGCUCACCAAGCGCUUCAUGGGGCUGCUGAGCGAGGCGCCCAACGGCAUCGUGGACCUCAACGAGGCGGCCCGCAUCCUGGGCACCCGCAAGAGGCGCGUCUACGACGUCACCAACGUGCUGGACGGCAUCCAGCUCAUCAAGAAGCGCAGCACCAGCCAGAUCCAGUGGGUGGGUUCAGUCCCGGCCAGCGAGCUGGGCGUACAGUGGAAGGACAAGCUUCGGGAGGAGCUGAUGGACCUGUCGGCCAUGGAGGAGGCCCUGGACGUGCUGAUUAGGGACUGCGCCCAGCAGCUCUUCUUCCUCACCGACAACAAGGGGAACGCCGACUCGGCCUAUGUGACGCACGAGGAUAUCUGCCGGAUUGAAGCCUUCCGGGAGCAGGUGGUCAUUGCCAUCAAAGCUCCUGAGGAGACCAGGCUGGAAGUCCCCGCACCCAAAGAGGAUGGCAUCCAGAUCCACCUGAAGGGCACGCGAGGCCCCAUCAGUGUUCUGACCUGCGAGACGGGGGGUGAGGGGUCAGGAAAAGCAGUGGACGGCUCGUUCUCCACGCUGGAGGACAGCAGGAUACACACCGCGCCUCUGCUUAAGGACCAACCUCUCCAACCAUCUGUGAAGACCCCCUGAAGACCAAAUUUACCUCUGCUCACCACUUUAUACUCAACACUACUCCUCGACCUGCAAGAGACUUUCUCCGUAGACAUUACCACUUGCAGUAAAUGGAGCCAUUUGAGUCUUUCUCUGGGAGGCCUCUAACUGUUCAUUUGUAUUUCUUUGCUGAUAUUUUGAGGAACUGUUUUUUUGUUGUCGUUUUUGACAUAUAGAGCUUUUCAUGUAUAGAGAAAUGCAUGAAGCUGGAAGUACAACCAUGAAAUCAAAUUGUAUGAAAAUGAUUAUGCUAAAAGAUUUAUUUUUAUACAUAUAAUUUUAAGAUGAGAAAAAAUGAAAGAAAAAGGACUGUGGGUCAUUAUGCCACAGUGCCAAGUCCUUCGUUGACCAAGCUAAAGACAAUGCAGAUUAAAGCGUUGAUUUAUCCUGUCUCUCCAUUGCUCUUCAGUGUAAACAAGUAGGCGUUUUAAUUUUGCUGCAUAGAAAAUAACAUAAGCCUGCAAAUAAUGUACUCCUAAAAUGUGUGCCUAGACAAUGUGAAUAUCAAACCAAUGUAUACCUAUAAAUUCAGUUUAAUAACAUUGCAA